UAGACACGCACAGAAGAGGAGGAGGAGGGGGAGGCUCCUGAUACCAAGACACGGAAAAGCAGGGGAGGGAAAGAGAGAAAGAAAAAGGGGCUGGUGGAGGAAGAGGAGCGGGGAGUUGGAGAAAACGGGGGAUAAGACUUACAGAGAGCAUACAGAGGAGAGAAAGGAGAGUACCUAGUGCUUUGGACAUCCCCUCCUUUCUUCUCUUAGGCUGUCACACCAGAUUGGACUCCGAAGGACCGACACCACGUCCACCCCAGACCCCAUGGGGUAACAGCAGAUGUUUGGAGGAGAGGCUUUUGUUCAGCUACACAGAUGAACAACAGGAAGGAGGACAUGGAGAUCUCGUCUCACUACCGUCAGCUCCUCAGAGAGCUCAAUGAGCAGAGGCAGCAUGGCAUCCUUUGCGAUGCUUGUGUCAUUGUGGACGGAAAGAUCUUCAAAGCUCAUAAGAAUGUCCUCCUGGGAUCGUCACGCUACUUUAAGACUCUUUACUGCCAGGUUAAAAAGGGGGCAGAGCCUCACCACCAGACUACUGUCACUCAUCUGGAUAUUGUCACAGCAACAGGCUUCAAAGCCAUCCUGGACUUCAUGUACUCGGCGCACCUUGCUCUCACCAGUAAGAAUGUGAUUGAGGUCAUGUCAGCUGCCAGCUACCUGCAGAUGACAGAUAUUGUCCAGGCUUGCCACAGCUUCAUCAAGGCUGCACUAGACAUCAGCAUCCGCUCAGAGAUGGCUGAUGAGCUGGCUGACUUUGAAAUGGGCGCUGUGGCUGCUGCUGGCCUAGGUGGAGGCGGGGGCGUUGGAGGUGGUGGAGGAGGAGCUGGUCUACCAGGGGCAGGGGGUGUUGCGGGAGCUGGUUUAGGAGGCGGAGGGGGCAUAGUGGGCAUGGCGUCUGAAGCCCUUGCUUCCAUCAUGUCUGGUCGCAGCACCUCUCCUUGGCUGGCUCGCCGGACCAGCCCAGCCAACUCUUCUGGGGACUCAGCCAUCGCCAGCUGCCAUGAGGGUGGCAGCACGUAUGGAAAGGAGGACCAAGAACCACCGAAGAGCCAUGAGAGCCAGGAAGAAGCCUGCCAUGACUCUCAGCCUGCAUGGCCUCAUGACUAUCGGCCUGGCAUCACUGUCAAAGAGGAACAGGUAUCCCCUGCCUCCUCCUCUCAUCCCCGGGACACUCCCAGGGGGGCAGCCCAAAGCCAGGCGGAGCAAGGGACUGGGGGACCUGGUGGAGGAGGCGGAGAAGGGCCCUGGCAACCUCUGUCAGGAUCAGGGCGAAGGAAGAACAGGAAGAACAAGGACACAGUCAGACAUAUUACCCAGCAGGCUGAGAGAAACUGGGACCGCGAGCGGGACAGAGAGAGAGAAAGAGACAGUAGGCCUGGAUCUCCUCUGCCCUCCAUGCUGGCUGUAGCUGGAUGGAACUACAAUGGGCAGGAUAUCCCAGGGGCAGACGUGACUGAACCCAACAGCUCAGACAGCCGUGGCGAACGCCUCGACUUCUUCCUCAAACAGGAAGAGCCUCUUGCCACAGAGCCCAGCUUCCUGGGCACCAACGAAUUGGAGGAGGCCGGGGGAGGAGCCGGGGGUGGAACAAUCUCAUCUGUAGCCAAUCUGAAGGCAGCGCUGAUGAGUAAGAACAGCCUGCUGUCACUGCGGGCUGAGAUGAUGGGAGAUGAUAACCCCUUGUUGUAUGAGUACCUGCCCAAAGGAGGACACUCCCUGUCUUGGCUCUACUCCAACAACUACUGCAGCACACUUCGGCCAGGGGCCACGGGGGCCACUAUUCAUAACAAACAGGGGGCUGGCUCCUCUCCUCCUCCUCUUCCUCUUCUUCCUCCUCAUCUUCCACCAUCAUCAUCACCACUACCGCCAUCAUCAUCAUCAUCAACAACAUCAACAUCAGCAUACUGCCCACCCACUCCACCCACACCACUGCACCCCUCUGAGCUUCGGCCCCUGGAGGCCCCCGGUCUGAGGGCUGGGGCACCCCUGCUGCACUCAGAGAGAUUGGACAUGGAAGUUGAAGAGGCCCCUGAGGGCCCAGAGCCCUCCACCUUGCCUGAGGAGGGCACGAAAGACAAAGAAGACACGAAAGAAUACAACACAGCCUUGGAAGGUGACCAGUCUCCUGUCGAGAGGGAUCAGAUGGGCGAGGAGAGUUGUGCGGGUGGCUUGACUGUGCCUGCGUCAGUGCCCGUGGUUGGCAGAGGGACUAAAGGGCUGCUUGGGCUGGUGAAUGACUUCACAGUGAUCCGCAAAAAGUUCAAGUGCCCCUACUGCAGUUUCUCUGCUAUGCACCAGUGCAUCCUAAAGAGGCACAUGCGCUCCCAUACUGGUGAGAGGCCCUACCCCUGUGAAAUCUGUGGCAAGAAGUUCACCAGAAGGGAGCACAUGAAGAGGCACACACUGGUCCACAGCAAAGACAAGAAGUACGUGUGUAAAGUCUGCAGCCGAGUCUUCAUGUCAGCAGCCAGUGUUGGAAUCAAGCAUGGCUCCCGCCGCCACGGCGUCUGCGCUGAUUGCUCUGGCAGAGGCAUGGCCGCACUCCUGGACCACAAUGGCGAGGUGGGUGGCGAUAUCUCUCCGGAGGAGGAGCUGUAUCCUGGCGACCGUUUCCACGAUGACCAAGCAGAGUGUGAUGGAGAUGGAGAAGGGGAGGAGGAGAUGAUGGUCGAAGGGGACGGAGAGAUGCUGGGAGAAGGGGAGGAAGACAGAGGGAAGUGGAAGGACUCAGGGAUGACCGCUGAGACGCACGGAACGCUGGACAAUGAGAAAGAGGAGAGUGACUCCUCGGCACAGGAGGGGGAACAGCAGAAUGGGAGCGAGAAGGACUUUGCCUGGAUCUCAUAGAGUCUGUCCGGCUCCUGUUAGUGACCCAUCGACCGAUCUCUGAAGAUCUUUUGUGAUCUCUCAGGCAGAAUCCUCUGCUCUCUUUACCCAUUCGUCCCACUUGGGGCAGGCCUUCCUUUGAGUGGAAAUGCUGUAGGGUGAUGCGCGACAAUGAUCUAAUACCAUUACGAGUAACACUCAAAUGCACACAUACCGACAUGCACACACUUUUACCACACACACACGCACACACACACACACGCACGCUCUUCUCAACCUUGACUGCCAUAGUAGAGGAAGAGAUGGCUCAGUGCAAGGCUUUUUCUGCUUACCUCCUUUACUUCUGAUGCAGUGUUUUUGUGUUAUUUUUCUCGAGGGUUCAGGCCAGAGUCCAGUAGUUUUCUACUCUGUCAAAACAGGAAUCAAUGGCGGCGCUGCCAAGGACAUGGCCAACGCCAGACUGCUAUGUAUGUUUGCCAUCACAAUCAUCAUGGAAAUCAAGGCUCACUGACAGUGUAGGGAAAUAGCCAGGAGGAAGGCUGUCUUGGUCUUAUAACUAUGACUAUAAUGCUUCUGGGAAAAGUGUCUCCCUAUGAGUGAAGGGGGGGUCUAAAUCUAUUGCAAAGCUACGUGUGUCAGAGGACCGGGCAGCCCAAUGGCACAUUGUUGAGUCCUACUGCCACAGACUUGCACUUUAAUGACAACUGACUCCUAUCAAUACCCUGAACCCGUGGUUUACAUUUUUGAUCUGAUCUUUACUUACCUAAACAACUCGGUGACCGCACCUACCUUUAAGGAUAUACUUUAUGUCCUCUUGACUGUUAUCACGAAAUAGAAAUCACUGAAUCUUUGUGCAGAUUGCUGUUUAUAUAGCCUAUGCCUUUCAGUGGGGUCCUUAAUCUUUUCUUCACUUAAGUUUACCGCCUGGUUUCUAUUGAUCCAUUCCAAGAAAUACUGGAGUUUUGAGAAAUGUACAUAAAGUUUUGUUUUGGUUUUGGGGUUGUUUUUUUUGGGGGGGUGGAAAUUUAAAAGGGGACUGUAGGGUGUGCGAGACAGAGAGAGACAGAGAGACCGAAAGAUGCUUUUUAGCGUUUCAGCCGUCUUCACCCACAGAGUGGACAUCAGUUUCUGCUUCCUGUUUUUAAAAUCAAUUCAAGCACACAGUGGAUGCUCUACACUAAUAACUCUUUCCUUCUCUCUCGCUUUCUCUGGUCCAGAUUCUCUCACACUGGAGGUUGUGACGAUAGGACCUGAGAGCUAAGUCUCUCACACUUAAGGAGGAGCUGCCUUUGUGUAAAUUUUUUUUGGUUUGUUCGUUUGCUGUGUGCGCGUGCGUGCGUUUUAAGUGAGUCAUGUAAUUCCACUUGCUGGAAUCAGAAUAUGCAGACUCUUUCCACGAUUCUUUUGCUGAUAUGCUUUCUCUGGCUUUGCAAGGUUAAAAAAAAAAGAAGAAUUGCAGAAUUGUGCUUGGAAUUCAGAGUUUGCUAUUUGCAGAGAGUGUAAUUUGACUUUGUUUUAUUUGACAGCUAUUUAUUGAGAAACCUGUUUGUUUAUUUGUGGAUUCCUAAUUUUCAGAAGUCCUUCCCUUGCUCUCGCCCUCUCUGUACGUGUUGAGUGGAACAGGAUGGCUGCUUGUAUGCAAGGAUGAGUGUCCAGUGUCCAAAAGAUAUUCUAUAUUCAGUUCUUAAGAUUAUUUCCAUGUUUUGUUUUGUUUUUUGGUUUGUUUUCGGCAAAGUUGACAAUUCAAGUGAGUCAGAUGACAUGUCUUAUUAUUAUGAAUAUCAGAACUAUGAUUACUUGUUGUUGAUGUUACUAUUAUUAAUUAUUAUUAAGUGCUGGAUGCUAAGCUUUAUGGUGUGUUCUUUUUUUUUGAUAUUUUAUAUCUUGUAUAAGAAAAAAAAAAGCUUUUAUACUUUGCCUUGUUGUGGACAGCAAGCCAUGGGGCUUUUAUCAAUCUUUUAUUGUGCCAGUUUAUGCUUUCUCUGUCGUAUUUGCUUUUAUUUUUAUUUUCAUUUCUUUUUCUUUCUUUUUUUUUACCAGGGGGGAAAACACAUUCACUGUCAAACAUCUCUGUUAGAUAUUGAUUGAAACAUGUAUUCAGCACAUGCUUUUGCAUCACUAAUGUACACUAAUUGAUUAAUAUCGAACCAAAAACAAUCUAGUAAUUUGUAUACAUAAAGUGCUUUUGUUUCACGGUCUGUGUGUGCAGGUGCUUCUGGAUUUAUUGUUGUGGUAAACAGUUUUGUUGUUGGGUUGUUUUUAUUUUUUUGAACCUGUCAUUAUUCGUCACAGUUUGGAAAAACAAAAAACAAAAAAGUGCACGUUAUGGUGUUAUUGUGAAUAUGAAGGGCUGUGUGAAAGGACCAGCUAGCUUUUGAAGACCGCAUCUUAAAACCAGGCUGAUUCUUUUUUCUUUUUUUUUUUCUGGCUACUGCUGUGUCUCACGCCUUUGAUGACACGCAAUCAAGUAGAAAUGCAGUGUGCAGACGAAACACGUCUAUCGGACAGUAGAGCGUUGAGUCCACAUGCUGUAUUCCUAUAUGUCAGUGCUUUCCUGGCUUGACCCCAGUUCAUUUACAUAAAGGGAAAGAGUGCUGCAGUAGUAACUCUGGGAAACAUUUUGUUGCCAGUGCUGGUCGCACACAUUUGGCCUCUUCUGUAGGUGCCAUGGACUGCACUUCCCAUCAGCCCCUGCUGAGAGACUCUCAGUACAGUGAGAUUUGUGAUGCUUUCUUUAUGUCUGACAGAUAUCUUUAUUUUAUUUGCAUUAUUUAUUGUGCUUUUGUUUGACCCAUUUAUCAAACAGUUGUACUUUUCUGGGGUGGAAAAAAAAAGAAGAAAGACAAUGGGGUAGAAUAUGUUUAUGAAUGUCAAGGGUGGGUGUGGAAGGAGCCCAUAAUCGGUGGCAAAUCUCUGUCCUGUGGUGCUGUUUUGGCCCCUGAGAGGCAUCUGGAUGUAUGUGUGACUCCCCCGGCCCCCGCGCUCUUCUCACGAUCUGUACUGUACGUCUUCUUCCUCAUUCUGGGUUGUACUUCAGGAAAACGUCUGCCAUCAACCCCUCAAUAUGUGCCUCAAUGACAUUUCACCUGUGUGCUUGCAAGAGUGUUUGUUUCCAAGAGACGACUGAAUAUUUGUAACUCAAUGGAUAGAGAUUAUCGAGAUGUGACCGAUCAGAUUAGAGGGCCGAAACAUUCGAGGAUUUUGAAAACUUCAAAGAGACAAAUCAUGAUGGGCGACCAGAUUCUCCUUCCCACCGUGUGUUGAUGACCUUUUGUGCCCUGAUUCUGUGGUCUUAACUGCAUGCCUAUGUUCAUUUUGUCAUACCAAAGCGGCAUCUUCGGCAUCUGCACACAACUGUCUCAUUCCACACGAUGCAAAACUGGAACUUUUUUGCUCUAUUGCAGAUGAAUAUGGGUAUUCUUAGACAUGUACAAAUUGCAAUCCUCAUUUAGCCUGUAUAGCUUGAUUCACACGUGCAAAUCAUGAAGCCAUAGAUAUGGGUAUAUCUAUAUUAUACUAUAUUUCAAAAUUGGCGCUUUUUACUUUAGAUUUUGUUCUUCUACUAAGAGUGAUGUGUGUAUACCUUCAUAUAUAUAAAUUUAUAUUACUAUUAUAUAUUAUUUAUUUUCUCCCUCAAGUUUCAGAGGGUCUCUGAUUUGUAAAAGGUCGCACUUGAAGCUUGAGGUUUGUUUAUUUUCAUUGGGAAUAUUGUUCAAUAUGAUGCUGACUUUAUAUUAUCAUAAUCCUGUGUUUGUAACAAAAUGUGCUAAAUAAUCAAAAAAAAACCUGUCCUGUUUUUACACCUGUUUUGUUUUGGGCAGAUUUUAAGUGCUCUUGUGCUGAUAUUUUUUUGGUUGAUAGUACUGAUCACAAAACAUUUUUACAGUCAACCAUGAGCCUCCUGUUUUGAUGUUGGGACAGGCCCGCCAGCCGUCCAAGCCUCUUUCUAAUUCAUGUUUAGUGGAAGAAUUAGCUUGACUAUUAUUUGCAAAAACCAAUCAGUCUCAAUAAAUUUUGAAAUUGCUGCUGUAAAGAAGUGA